UUUUCAAACGGGCUAUAUAAUCAAAAUUAUAGCAGUAGUUCGGUAUGGGGAUCAAUGGCCACGGUGAAUGUAGAUCGACAGCCAACUGUGCCUGCUAUGGGUGCAGGUUUCCAAACUCCAGUUGUUGUUAAAGUUGAAUCUGGCGGUGUUGUAUCAACCACCUCACUUUCGCCACCUGUUGACACAACCUUGGCAUCACACCGCCGCAGUUCUAUCGUGACUACGACGGGAGCAGUAGAAAAUACUGUUCAAAACGCAAAUGAGGAAGAAACGAUACUGGCUGCACUAGCAACGAUUCCAGGCGCGACAAUUCAACGCCGUCAAAUGGAUGAUGAUCCACUGGAAACGGUGAUGGCAGAAGCAGAUACAUACGGACCCAAAGACAUGAUCAUUAUUGGUCGUGGCCAGUAUGCUGAUAGCUCGGAAUGGCAAUCAUCAUCAUCUCCACCCUCGGUUGCAAAUGGUGGGCCUAAUACUACUAUUGGAACUGGACAAGGAUCUGCCGAUUCAAACAACACUCCACCCUCAUUGAUGUAUUCUGGUGCAAGAGCUCAGUCUUUUAGAUACUGGCUAGAUCACUCUUGUAUCUCGUCAGUAAUGGUUGUUCAAAAGAAACUGGCGUGUAAUGCUCAAGACAAUGCUCAUGUCGUCUGAGCCUUGCUUGCUGAAGAUGUGUUGGUUUGUCCAAAAGGUUAAUCAUUAUCAGACCGUUUUGCAAUUUAUUUAUCUGUCUGAUCUGUUUUUAUUUGGAAUUAAUAAAAUCAAAUAUAACAUUCC